CCUACCCUCCAAGCCAUCGAGCGCCAGAGGUCCGGGGAGAGAGAGAGAGACAGACGGCACUCAUGACUGCGCUGAAUUUUCCGAAUCAAGUUCCUUCACAAAUGUGGCUGUCUAGUGAGACUUUGGAAAACUUUUUGAUGGCAUGUAAUAGAAACUCAAAGGCGUCUUUAGCGUGCAAGAAUGAAAAUAAGAUGUGUCCUGUUACAUAAAUUGAGACAGAGGUGCUUCCUGUUGUCCCUGGUCCUGCUGGUGGUGUGUCUGCUGAAGCUGGUCUAUGUUAAAGUAACGGUGAGGAACAGCUUCUACAUCGAGCCCUAUGGAAUCACAGACAGCUCCUCACAGAACCCCAACCACCAGUACAACAUCAACUGCACCGCCAUCUACCAACUGGACCCUGUGGAGGUAGGGAAGUCAUUGGAGAUCAGACGCAAAGUCAUUGUGGACUUGGAGGAUGACAGCAUUGUGUCUUUGACCUCGGACUGUCAGAGGUACAUCGAGACAAGAGGAUAUGACAUCAUCCCGGUGUCGGAAGAGGAGCGGAGGUUCCCGCUGGCGUACUCCCUGGUGGUGCAUAAGAACGCUGCCAUGGUGGAGAGGAUCUUCAGGGCCACCUACGUCCCUCACAACCUCUACUGCAUCCACUAUGACCAGAAGUCCUCUCAGAGCUUCAUAGCAGCCAUGAGGAACCUGGCUCACUGCUUCCCCAACCUCUUCCUAGCCUCCAAGCUGGAGUCUGUGCAGUACGCCCACAUCACACGGCUCAACGCCGACCUCAACUGCCUCAACGACCUGUUAGAAAGGUCAGAGGUCAAGUGGAAGUAUGUCAUCAACCUCUGCGGCCAGGACUUCCCCCUCAGGUCGAACGGUGAGCUGGUGUCGGAGCUGCAGGCGCUGAAUGGUGCCAACAUGCUGGAGACCUCCCGUCCCAGUGAGCUGAAGAAACAGCGCUUCCGUUUCCAGCACCAGCUGAAGGAUGUGCCCUACGAGUACCGCCGCUUACCUGUCCGAACCACACACGCCAAGGCACCGCCGCCGCACGACAUCGAGAUGUUCAUCGGUAGCGCCUACUUCGUUUUGUCCCGUGACUUUGUCCGUUACGUCGGAACCAGCCGGGUGGCGAGGGACUUCCUGGAAUGGUCAGCUGACACGUACUCCCCGGACGAACACUUCUGGGCGACGUUGACGAGAAUCCCCGGUGUACCGGGAGAGAUCUCCCGGUCUGCCCCAGAUGUGACAGACUUGAAGAGUAAGACACGUCUGGUGAAGUGGAAUUAUCUGGAAGGGUCUCUGUACCCUCCCUGCACUGGGACUCACAUGAGGAGUGUCUGUAUCUAUGGGGCUGCAGAGCUGCGAUGGUUGCUGAACUAUGGCCACUGGUUUGCUAACAAGUUUGACCCCAAAGUGGACCCGGUGCUUAUCAACUGCUUGGAGGAGAAAUUGGAAGAGAAACGUAGACGAUGGGAAAACACGGUGCAGAAUUGAAAAGGAAAAACGACUGUAAAUGAAAUUGGAUGGGAGAAUCAUUUCAUUUGUGGGUUUAUUUGGAAGAUUAACCAGCCUGCAGAUGAGGUACUUUGCUCCACUAGCAACUAACUGCAAGGAAUAAGUCCGAUUCUGCAGUGGCAGGAUAUUCUUGUUUUACAAAAAAAUGUUUUUAUGUCUACUGAAUACUAGUUCAAACUAGUUGAACCUGACUGUUUUUCAAUUGAAAAUGAAGUGUUGAAGUUCAGUUGAACUGUUCGAAUGAAAGGCUUCGCCCAACUGUUUUUUAACGAUGUCCAAGAUGGACGUUUUAGAGGAUAGUGAAACAAGACGAUCGAUGGCCUAAAUAUCUACACUACUAGUUCUGUUAAGGAUAUCGCAAAGAACUUGUUACGGUAAUGUCACAUGUUGCAAUAACACCUAAUGGAAUGUCUCAUAUUGAUACCAGAUCCAAUGAGAAAGGAAUUUAGAUUGAAUUGACAGUCAUUUUUGUUAUUCUCUGAGAUUCUUUCACGCGGGUAAAAAUGCUAAACUCUUUACCAAACCAACAAUACCAAAGACACUAAACUGUAACAAAACGGCACAUCAAAACUGGAUGUCAGGUUUUUAUACGUUUUCAUGGAAACACUUUUUUUUGUAUUAGUAUUUUAGUAUUUACGAUUAGUAUUUUAGUAUUUAGGAUUAGUAUUUUAGUAUUUAUCAUCAAGAUGAUAGUAUAUAUUUGUAGAGAGGGGAGUUUGAUACAGCAGUAACGCAACAAGGUUGAUAUCUCUAAUUAUGAAUGAUUUAUUUCUUAAUAAAACUAUCACUCUGAA